UAUUAAGGUUUCAGUAGUUCACGGCUAGCAUCAUCAGGCGCGUGUGCACCGCGUUUUUUGUUCCUUGUACGAAUACGUCUGUCAUAAAUGGACGAAGUAAAAAGGUUAUUCGGGCGGGAAAGCGAGGUUCGGGAAAUUGAAUAAUAAUAUUAAAAGAGGAACAUACCGUAUUUGUAAGAUGGUCUAAUAUAACACCGAGGAAAAGAAUGCAAUAUGUCCGUGACCAAUCCACUUGUCAAAGAACUGAAAGGUUGGACCAGAAAGUUCACCGAAUUCGGAGGCUAUAUCGACGAUAAAAAUCCAGAUCUCGUCGAAUUCUGCAUUUGCUUGGAAAGAUGCUUCCAAAAAGGUGUCUCGAUGCUCAUCAACGUUGUGGGUUUUCCAAAAAUGCCAGAAACUUGGUACUGGCUGGAAGAACUCGCACAUAAAAACGAAAGAUCAUUGCUUACUUUUUACUCGGUGGUUGAACUCGUUCGUGAGAGUGACAAAGUACAAUCAUCUGUGGGAAAACUCAGACUUUUCAUUCGUGUUGCUCUUACACGAAAAUGUCUCCAUAUCCCCGUGCAAACACUGGUGAGAACUCCUGGAUUAGCUUCAGAGUACUAUGACAGCAAUAGUAUACUUGGUGACGAGAUUCUCGGUGAAAUAUUUCUCUCAGUUUUGCUACAAAUCAGUAGAUUGAAUUUCCGACUAGACCCGAGGAAUGCAAGCUUUUUGGACGAAACAUGGCUUUUGCCGGAAUACAAAUUUUUUGAGUUGGUACCUUGCAAAUCUUUGGGCAUAUCCAUUUGUUUUAUUAAUGGAAAAGCGUUGAUCGUUCAUCUUCAAGAGAAUUCUGUUGCUGCUGAAGACGAAAAAAUUGAAGUUUGUGAUGUUCUUGACGAAAUUAAUGGAAACGUCAUAACUUCGACUACGCAAGGAAGACUUCAGAAAAUAAUAAGAAAGUCUAGUGGUUUGCCCAUAUAUUUACAUAUCAUAAAAGCCCGUUACAAAGAUUCCCAAGAAUAUUACGGACCAAUAACGACGCUCUGCAAACGUUCUGGUCUCAAGCAUAUCAUACGCAUGAUCCAGUCACCAAAGCCAAUAUCAAAAGAGAAUGAAAAACCCUCAACAGCCAGAAAAGAUUUGAGUAAAUCUUUGAAUUCUGGUUAUUCGGUAAUAUAUUGCGGUCAAGUCAGCACCGGAAAUGAGGGCGAUGUCAAACAAAUAGAAAAAGCUAUGUGGCGAUUGUUGAAUAGCGGAAAUUCUACCAAAAUUCCCGUUAGAUUUGAGACUCUGGAAAUAGGAAUCCGAGUUAUUCGAGAAUCUGACGAAAGUGUAAUAUUACAGCCAAGCUAUAUGGAAAUAUCAUCAUGUGGACGCACUGCUAAAAUACCAGAUUAUUUUGCGUUCAUUGCAGGAGAAACAAAUUGUAACGUAGCUAAAAACUUUACGGCUCAUGUGUUUCGUCACCAACGCGAGAGCGAAGUACAAACGAUUCUUCAGAGCCUUGGUCAAGGCUUUCACAGAACUCAUUUCGCAGUUUAAAAAAAAUAUGAAAAAUGUUUCAAAAAAUUACCAAAGAGUAUGAAAUAACUUGUGUGUAAAAUAAAUAACAUUGACUUAUGACAUUAUUGAAAUGAAAAAAGAAAGUAUAAUACACGACGUAAAAAUGAACCUGUCAAUUAUGAUUAAAAUGAUGUAAUGUGCAACAUUCGUCGUAUAUCUUUUCAAUAAUAAACGUUUAUUUUCA